AUGGAGGAAUCGUUUGGUCUGACUUGGGAGGAUCCCACCGCCGUCGUGCAAACGGAAGAGGUGAUUUGCGGCAUCGAAAACGAAAUCCUGCCGGUCGAUAGCAAGGAAUUCAUCCAAGGCGUCAACGAUGCCGACGAAUUCGUCCACGAGGAGGUGGUCAACGAGGCGAUGGACUGCGAAAUCAAAGUCGACGAAGUCGAAUUGCAACAGAACAUCUCCGUGCCGGACAUACAAGAGACACAGGAAGUACAAGAAUCUGCUGGUAUCGACGGCGUCAUGUACUUCUCCGACGGUAAUGUUCUUGUAAUGAACCAACAAACCUCGGAAGCGCCAUUUGAAGAAAUCGGCGAAUGCCAAGUAACGGAGGAAAUCAUCACGGGAGGAUGGGGAGACAACUGCGCCGAAGAAAUCGUGGUCGGUUCCGAGGAAGCCGUUGGCACCGAAGGCGCCGGCCAGGAGGACCUGGACGUGCCGCUGCCGACCGAUCAGGACGAGUACACGGCGACCAGGCCGUACCCGUGCGAUUUCUGCAGCCGGCGAUUCAGGAAGAAGGCGAAUCUCAUGAAUCACAUGGUGGCCCACCAGACGGACAGGCCGCACGGUUGCAACUUGUGCGGCGUGCGGUACAUAAGAAAGUGCGAUUUGAUGAAUCAUCUGAAAAUACACGCGUACAUGCCCGAAGGGGACGGCCUAGACGACGAAGCCGUCCAAAGCAUUGAUAACAUCGGCGACAAUCCGGAGAAGAAGAAGAAAUUGAAGCAGGCCGGUAAAAAGAGGAAAAAGAAAAUCAAAGAGGAAACCGAAUCGGGCGACGAGGCGUACGGCGAUUACGGCGCUUCUAGUUCGCGAUCGUACGGCUACAUGGAGGAGGAGACGAAAUUGGUGGAGCAAAUGUCGAAUAACAUCAAUCACGACUAUAAUUUCAUAAAGGAUCAACAGCCGAUGGAGAAUCGUUUUCCCAUAACGGAUCCGAGGAAACCGUUCGUUUGCCAACAUUGCGGCGUCGCGUUCGCCAGGGAAAAGGCCAUGCUCUCCCAUAUCAGAUUACAUUCGGAGGGCGACAGUCCGUUUGAGUGCCAGAAAUGCGGGGAAAUGUUUUGGGAUGCCAAUCAAAUGAAGGAGCACGUCAAGGAGAAACAUGGCGGCGUCGACGACUACGAUGAUGACGACGACGAUGAUUAUUCGGAGGAAGACACCAAGUACGGAACUUAUUAUUGUUCCACUUGCGGCUUGUCUUUCCAUAGGCAAGACAAUCUUCGCAGACAUCAAAGGAUACACGUGAAAGAAGAGUACGUGAACGAACACGAAUUCGGUCACAUUUGCAACGUGUGCGGAGAAUCCUUUCAGGAGGCGUUGGAUUUGUUGGCUCACGCCGAGGUUCACGCUCGCGCCCUCGAAUACAGGUGUAUGAUAUGCGGCGAAUUGGAGGACGAUGAAAAUUUAUUGGCCGUUCACGUUCAAGCGAAACACGGCAACAAUCUAUUACCAAACACGUGCAUGCUGUGCGGUCGAAGCUGCAAAGAUCAACGGACGUUGUUGAAGCAUUCUUGGGGCCAUUCGAAAGAGAAAGUAUUUGCUUGUACGAAAUGCAACAAAACCUUUCACAAUAAGGCCAGAUUGAAGCGCCACAUGUUGUCGCACAGGAACAAAGUGGUGACGUGCGACGUGUGCGGCGAGGAAUUCCCCGACGGUAGAUCGUUGAUGAACCACAGGCACAGCCACAGCAGCGUGUCGGGGCGGCAGUUCCCUUGCAGGGAAUGCGGAAAGACCUUCGGCUCGAGGAGCUCGCAGCAAAUUCACAUCAGAAUACAUACUGGCGAGAGACCUUACGGAUGUAGAUUUUGCUGGAAAGCCUUCGCCGAUGGCGGUACUCUUCGCAAACACGAGCGUAUUCACACGGGCGAGAAACCGUACGCUUGCGCCGUUUGUCCGCGGGCAUUCAAUCAACGCGUAGUCCUGCGAGAGCACAUUCGAUCUCACCAUUCGGGACCCGAUCCGAAAUAUUCCAAUAGCAUGACGCCCUUCUGUUGUUCGGUGUGCUCGGAUAUGUUUGCGACCUCGCAGGAUUUGAUAUUGCAUUUGAUCCAUCAUUGCGACAUGAAUACGGCGAUGAAGCGUCAACCGCAAGUCGGUCCGAGGAAAUACAAGCGCAGAAGGAAAUUGAAACCUCACGAAUUGGAGAUGAUGACCCGAAUGGAGGACGGGGACAAUGAACAAUCCGAAGAUUUGGGCGAUAAUUAUACGGAUUCCGAAGAGGAAAAGGAAAGGAAGAAACGGUACACUAGGAAACAACCAACGAAGAAAGCCGCAUCGCCGGAUUCGCCCAAAGAACCCGAAAGCGAAUCUUAUGUGGACCUGUAUAAUAGCGUUUCUUCGACCAUAGAAAAUAUCAAUACGUUGGUAAAUUCGAAGUCGACGCCGAAAACUAAGCAGCAAAUCAAAAAGAUGAAAUCGGAUCAAUCGGUGCCCAGCAGGCCGAAAAUGAUCCAUACGCAAAAAACGCGGGUCGCCGUCGAAACCGGCGAGGACGGACGGAUUAGGCACAAGACGAAAACUCUGAUAACCCGAACUCAACCAGCCGAGAUAAAAUCCGCUACUGGCGAACGGAUACGACCGCGAACGAAGAACGUCAACUACCACGUGCUGCAGGAGAAGCUGCCGCUGGCGACGUUCGAAGACGCCGCCGUCAGGGACACCGAAUCGGCCGUCGAGAACCUCCUCAAGCAGGAGAACAACGUGAUCGUCGAACCCGAGCACCGCGACGACGACGACGACGAGGGCGGCGUCCUUUGUCCGGACCCUACGGAGCGACCGCCCGACGCCGUCGCCGCCGAGCAAACCGUCGAAACGACCGCCGUCGCUCCCUCGCCGGUGACGUUGGUCGAGGUGCGCCGAUCGUCGCGGACCGCCGCCAGCAACAGCUUGAAGCCCGGCCGGCACGUCAUAGGCCCCGGAAGCAAAGUGAGAUUGGUCAAAGGCGGGAUGAUCGUGUCGAAGAAAUCGCGGAACAAGAAGUCGGAGUCGGAGAACGAGUUGCCGUCGACGGAGGCGGCCGCGGUGAAGCAGGAGGCGUUGGAGGAGGCGUCGUCGUUGCGCGAACUGGCCGAGAUAUCGAUGCAGCACGCGAACGCUGCGGCGCAGGCGGUGUUCAAAUGCGAGAUGUGCAGCGAGAUGUUUUCGGAUAGGGCGCAGUUGCUGUUGCACGUGCCCGUGCACAUUUGA